GUCCUCGACCCAGAUUCCUACAAGGAUAUAUAAUAUUAGGAUUUUGGUGGCUUUUUAUUACGCUGAUCAUGGCUUUGUACGCCUCUUCCUUGGCGGCAUUCUUGACUGUUACACUUCCAAAUGCACCUUUAAAGAAUCUGGUAGAGUUGGCUUCACAGACACAUUAUAAACCUCUUGUCUUGCAAGGAACAAACGUUUUUCAUUUAUUUAAGUCUGCAAAAGGAGGGUUUCACAAGAGGAUAUGGGAAAUGAUGUCUGACAUGCCAAAGAUCACAGUUAUGGAUGACGCCUUUACUUUGGUUGAAACAGGAAAAUAUGCUUUUAUAUCUGACUCAUCUGAACUUCGAUUUGAGCUUCGGAAUAAAUGUGACGAGCUGGAAAUUGCACAAGAAUCAUUUUUAUUGACCCAGCUAUCUUUCGUCGUCCAUAAAAAUUUUCCGUUUAAAGAUGCCUUCGACAAUCACAUUAUGAAAAUGGUAGAAUCUGGAGUUAUCACGUAGCUUCGUCGUAAGUAUUGGAUCCACCCACAUUGCUAUAAUUCUCUAGUUACGGGAGGAACGGAAUUAAAGAUUCAAAAUAUGGGUGGAAUUUUCAUCGUUUAUCUUGUCUUUAUUUUUCUGUCCCUGAUAUCCAUUGUAACAGAAGUGUUGUUUCUUCGCCGAUCAUGCAUGCAUAAAAUAGAAAAUGCAAAAUUAGAAAAUAUGGAUGAUGAAAUGGUAAAAGAUUUUGAGGAAGAUACUAUCUUGUAAUUCAGUGUAUACUUGUAUACUUGCAUUUACCUAAAAUUCAUUAUUUAUGUCAUUCUAUUAAUUUAAUAGUGAUCAUCAAUGUUAUUAUAUGUUUAAAACAGAUCAUAGAAAUAACUGUAGAUGAAUAGACAUUUAAAUCAUAAUUUAUUAAUUGUAAUGUCAUCAAUUAUAAAGCUGAGUGUAAUUUUUUAAAUGCUGUUUCAUUUUUUGUUUAUUGACCAGCCAUCUUUCUUGGUUGUUUAUGUGUACGUAUACUCUUUAAAUAAUAUAUAAACUCCAGAAAUUAAUUUAUUGUAUAAUAUGUGCAAAUGGAAUACACUCAUGACAAUUUAGUAAUUACAUAUACAUUGUACUUGCAUAUAUACAUGUAUACGUUUGAAUACCC